CAUAGUAUAUUUUUUUGUUAAUAUAGCAUCAAAGAUGUUUAGAUCCGCAACUGAUAUUCUUGAAGAGCUAGAUGAAGAUCAGAGCUUUAACAACAGAUUUGCUCAGUUUGGAUCGCCAAGAAAGAACUACAUGACUGCAAUUGGAUCUGUAAGAUUACCCAACAUCUCACUGACCACUGAUGCAACUAAUGAACCCAUAUUCACGUCAAACGUUAGAAGAGGAAAUCAUGCUACACGAACUCCAGUGGUGGAUAGAAUCCCAUUUCCUAUGAUGAAUGGAGAUACAUCUUCUUGGGUGAAUAGAAAUUCAACUCACGUGGUGAAUAGAAAGCCAUCUCCUAUUGUAAAUAGAAAGCCGUAUCCAGUGGUGAAAAGAAAGUCUCCUCCAUCAUCAAAUGUUCCCAAAAAAAGUCUGAUGGAGCAACGAAUUGAAAAAAUAAACAUCAAUCAUAAGGAGUCGCAACUGAGGUCAGAGAAUCGCAAUAAUCCUACAGAUAGAGCUGGAUAUAUGGAUUCAGAAUUGGAGGACGAACUCUGCAACUUGCAAAUAAACAGUGAUCAGUCAAAGAACAAGUAUAACUUGGAUAAACUACUGAACAAAGGCAUGAGUAAAAAGAGACGGAUUCCCACCAGCGUGGACAGGAAAGGAGAAGAGAUGCCCCGGAUUGAGGAGGGUGAUAAGAUGGGAAGUCUGCGGCUACCUCAAGAUUAUCAGUUCCAGGCCGACGAAUGUUGCUGUCAGCGACCAAAGCGAACAGUCUGGUGUCGCAUGUGUGGCUUCCGAGUCUACGGCAACAUCAAGCGAAUCUGCCCUAUACAUCCGCUGAAUAUAUUCCUGUAUGAAUUGGAAGUUUGUGGCAAUGUCAAAUGCAAGGCACCAAAUACUCUUAUUGAAAUAGAUUUGCUUUAAUUGUGUUUUACUGCUUUUUACUUACUGUUAAUAUUGUUAGUCUCAUUAAGAGGGAUAGUAAGUACAAGUGUUUCAUUAUUUUCAUUGUUUAAUGGGUACAAAGUCAUCCCACUACGUUUUUCAAGUUCCUUACUUUUAUUAUUUUAAGUUAAAUUGUGUAUUUUUAAAUUCAUUCCUUGUUUUCUAUGCUUACUUAAUAAACAUUUGUGUACAUAGUUAUGUUUUGUAUAGUAAAUUUGUCAUUUAAUGAAUUAGACAGAUUUCCUAAAUAUUAUUUAGUUCUGAGGUUGAACAUUAUUUCUAUUGUAUCUGUAAAGUUAUAUGUAUAAAGUAAUAACCCAGUUAAUGUAGUCUUCAGUGACACAAAACUUACUACUUAAGGAAUAUUUAUAUGUAAGAGUAUAUACAGGGUGUGUAAAAUGUCUGAAAACACUUUAAUAUUGUUUAAAUCAUAGCAAAAUCUAUAAACUUUGCACAAUGUAUAUAGAUAACACCGAGUUUAUAGAUAAGCCGCCAAUAACAAUCACUCGCUUGCAUUGGGGAGUGUCAUGGUAAUCAUUAAUGCAUACUUAUGUCAAUAUGUCAUUUUAGGUUUUUAUUAUUAGAAUAUAAUGUUUUAAAACCACAUUUCAUAAGCUUUAACAUAAUAGUUCAUAAGAAAAUAGUUAUUUUGUAUAGGAUAAACGUUUUAGGAGUCACUCAGUUAAAAAUUACUUUGAACAAGAUUGUUAAGUUUUCAAUUUCUAUUUCGAUUAGUAAAAAGAAUAAUGGGUAUUUCCCAAUUUAGAGGAUUGGCUACAGACAGUUUACACAUCCUUUAUACAUUUAUAUAUAAUCAGUAAAAAUGCUGUAAUGUGCAAUAUGAAUGGUCACAGCACUUAUUUACAAGUGCCUUUAGGAAUAGUCUGUUUAAAGUGCCUUUAUGAAAUGUGGUACUAACUGUACAUAAUACACAUUCAAUAGUGAGUUAUUAAUUAAUAUUGUUAUAGUAAGUUAAAGAUUAACAGUGAAUAUGCUCAUUACUUAAGGGUGUGAUAUCAAGAAUGUUGUGAUAUUUGAGCUGUGAUCACUUUAGGUAAAUAUAAACUUUUGUUUUGUU